AUGUGCCCUACCUACCUAGGGCUCUGAGAGCACCCAGAGACUGCAUACUAUAGACAUCCCUUGUUUUCCAGGUAGUGAAAAGUACCAAAACUGCUAACUCCUGAGAUCACAAGGAAAGAAGGAUCAGCGUGGGAACUUGGCAAGAGGCAUCCUGCACAAAAUUCUGUGGCCUGUGUGUGCUGUGUUGCCUAAGAGAAGCAGGGGUCCAUGACAGCCACCCCAACACCUGGAACCAUGGCUAGUGGGGAAGAUGAGCCAAAGAACUGUGUGGUGUGUGGGGACCGAGCCACAGGCUAUCAUUUCCAUGCCCUGACUUGUGAGGGCUGCAAAGGUUUCUUCAGACGAACAGUCAGUAAAAGCACCAGUCUCACCUGCCCCUUUGCUGGAAGCUGUGAGGUCAGCAAGGCCCUGAGGCGCCACUGCCCAGCCUGCAGGUUGCAGAAAUGUCUAAAAGUUGGCAUGAGGAAAGACAUGAUACUGUCAGCAGAAGCCCUGGCAUUACGACGAGCAAAACAGGCACAGCGGCGAGCACAGCAAACUCCUACCCAGCUGAGUCAGGAGCAGAAAAAGUUGGUCCAGACCCUUCUGGGGGCCCAUACUCGACAUGUUGGCACAAUGUUUGACCAGUUUGUGCAGUUCAGGCCUCCAGCCUACCUGUUCAUUCAACAUCAGCCCUUGCCUACCCUGACCCCUGUGCUGCCUCUGCUCACACACAUCGCAGACAUCAACACUUUCAUGAUGCAGCAAAUUAUCAAGUUCACCAAGGAUCUGCCCCUUUUCCGAUCCCUGCCCAUGGAGGACCAAAUCUCCCUUCUCAAGGGAGCAGCUGUGGAGAUCUCUCACAUCGCACUCAAUACCACUUUCUGUCUCCAAACACAAAACUUCCUCUGUGGACCUCUUCGCUAUACAAUGGAAGAUGUAGCCCAUGCAGGGUUCCAGGAAGAAUUUUUGGAGUUGAUAUUUCGCUUCCAUGGGACACUGAAACGACUACAGCUCCAGGAGCCUGAGUAUGUGCUCAUGGCUGCCAUGGCCCUCUUCUCUCCUGCUCCCAAUCUUACAGAUCGACCUGGAGUUACCCAGAGAGAAGAGAUUGAUCAGUUGCAAGAGGAGAUGGCACUGACUCUGGACAGUUAUAUCAAGGAACAGGAGCCAAGGCCCCGAAAUCGGUUUCUAUAUGCAAAGUUGCUGGGCCUGUUGGUUGAACUCCGGAGCAUUAAUGACGCAUACUGGUACCAAAUCCAGCGCAUCCAGGGACUAUCUGCUAUGAUGCCACUGCUCCAGGAGAUCUGCAGCUGAGGCCCAGACUGGCCUGGUUCCCCGGCCCACUUGGGACACACUGGACUAGAAAGGGGAAAUUGCUGGGACCAGGAGAAAGGGAGCUCAGUGAUUGUAAUGAAAGACUAAAGCAAUAACUGCCUCUUCAUGCAAUCAUUGGGGUACUCGGGGGUGACCACGGGGAUAAUGUUGUCCUCUGGAUGCACAGAAGAUGAAGAAGAGGAAGCCUCAAGGCUAAGAGGUAAAACUUCUGGGAAAGUGUAGGUCCUACUUUUUGAUGCCCCAAAUUUAGCCCUUCAGCCCUACUUUCUCAGCCUUGGGAGACUCUGGAAUGGGAAAACAGGAUGGGGAAGCUAAUCCCAUGCAGACUUUUCUGCUCUGGAGAGGAAGGAGCCAGGGGCUUUAAUCCAGAGGAAAACAAAGAUGGAAGUAAAGGGGGAAGUUCAACCAGACAUAUUCCUUAAUCCUCCCUUAGUCCAGAGCCACAAGAGUGUGGGGAAGAUGAUACUGGGGCUAGUGGUAGAAGUGGAAGCCUCAAACCACUGCCUUAUCAGCUGACCCAGUGGCAACGCCAGUUUUGAGAAGGCCAUGGUCCUGUCCCCCACUUGAUCCUGGGAUCUAGAGGGCACCCAGCGAGGUGCACUCUGGAGAGGAGCCUAGUCUCUGGCCCUAGGGCACCUGACUCAGAGGUUCCAGCUGUGGGGGCUGGCUCUAGGACAAUCUCAGCCCACAGUGAUGCUGAAGCCACAAUGGAAUCUGUUGCGCCAGUGAUUAAGGAAGGCUCCAAGGGCCAGGGUGACAGGCAGUGGGGGCAUCUUCUUCUCCAGCACAGCACCUACACACCAGUUACUAUCCACCAAGCCUAUUGGGAAAGAGAACAUCAACUAGGUUAUUGAACAGGACUUGGAGAAAAGAGCUGGCAGAAAUAAGGUAGAACUUCCCACCCUCUGUAUCCCCUGAUCCUUCAGCACUUCUGAAUGCUGCCACAAUAACACUUACCUCUAAACACCAUGUUGGCCUGGGGCAGAGUCAGGUGGUAACCAAAGGAGAAGGUUGUGUCUUGUAGCCUUGUGUUUGCCUCAAACUCCACUCCAACCUGAACCUAAAAGACAAGGGCAAGGAUGAGAGGGGGAAUCAGACUUAGUGAAGACCAGAGGGGUCCUGACAGGGGAUCAGCAGAAUGAAGGCAUCCAUGAAAAUGUAUACCUGGUAUGGAUAGGAAGAAUACUAAGCCAGCAGAGCCUGGGGAGGUCUACAGAGGCAAAAGUUUAUGACUGACUUGCUAGCAUAGGAAAUGAGAUCAGUAGUCUCACCUGUUCAUUUGCCCUGUGGUAAUAACUUGCAUGGGCCCCUCCAGAUCCAACAUUCAAUGUAGCUACCCAGUGUACAGCUGUAAAAAAAAAUACAAGAGGAAAAGAGCAUUACUAUAGUAAGAAACAGGCCAGGGACCCCAGCAAAGUCUGGAAUUGCCACUCCACUUUACCCCAUACCGGAGUACUUCCCAGCCAGAGUCAAGAUGGCCCCCUCUUCGCCUGGUCGCCGGUGAUAAACUAGCUCUCCUCCCAGCACCAGUCGAUGAGUGAGGCUCUGCAGGAAGUGAGCAACCAUGAUCACUGUGGGGGAGUGAGGAGACAUGGAAUCAGUCUUAGAAACAACAGUCAGGCCUACUCCUUCACCCCCAGUUCCCUUCUACAACCUGCCCAAGAAAUUCCUUUUCUAACCCCAAACUGUACAGAAGUUGAGGAGGCAUGUCCAACAUUAGCAAACAGAACCCUGUUUGAGGUUCAAGAGAACCCUGUCACAACUUCUCACCCGAUUCCCCAAUCAGGUCAGGAUUUCCUAGGGUCAGAGUGGCUGUGUAGUCAUCGCCUCGAUACUCGCCAUCAAACUGCCAUGUCAGGAACUUGGCCUGCUGUGUCUGUGUGGAGAGAGCGGGAAGUAAAACCUCUAUCCCUCUUUUUAUAAUCACUAUU